AUGCACAAGUACGAGACGUAUCUGGGGGCGAUCAAUGCGCUCCAGACGCAGUGGAGCGGCGCCUUCGCCAUGCCUGUGGGCGCCUGCAUCGAGUCCAAGACGAAGCGUAUGAUUGCCCGCUACGAGUUCAACCAGCUGCCUGGCGCAAUCCCAGAAGAGCAAUGGGUGGCCUAUUUCCUACAGGCGAAGGCACCUUCGCACGUGGCCUAUACCUCGGUCGACGAGGCAAUGAAGGCGCUGCGGAUGCGUACGCGUUAG